AUGUCUCUGACCACGGCACUUCGACCGGUCGCACUCCCCUUCGGUGCGGGCCAAAGGCGCGAUAAUGCUUCUACAGACAUCAAUGCCCAAAGCCGACCCUUCCGUCACGAAGUCAGCUAUCUCAACCUCCAUCGCACGCUCACACGAUUCCAACAAUUGAUCCUCCUCACGCCUUCUCCUUCCUCCGACGCCAGCGAACUGACGCCGCUACAAAAGCAAGUUCAAGCCGAAUUGUGGUCCCCCUUGCCAUACCAUCGCACGAAAUGGCUCCACAAUAUCGAGGGCGCCCGCACACUUCUUCUCCAGCUAGAGCGAAAGGCACAGGCGAUUCGUGUACAGAGGACAAAAUACGAGGCCAUUAAAGAUUUGGCGGAGAAGAGAGCGGUCAUCAAGAAAUUGAGGGGUCGUAUCGAGGAGAUUGGGAGGGAGGUUGAGAUGAUGGGCCCGGAUGAGUGGAAGCCGCCCAUUGUCGAAGACGGAGGGGAAUCCCUCUACGACUUUCUGCAGGCGCAUGUGCAGACGCGGUCACAUACGUCGGCGGCCGAGGGUCAACCGACCAAGGAGGGGGCGCAGGAUGGUCCGCUGCUCGAAGGAAAACCCGUCAAAAGUGUCGAGGAGGAACACCCAGGGGGACUUGCACAAAGGGAGAAGGACACGAGAGAAGAACUACUUGGCCCUUCGAGUCUGCGGCGACGAGUCAAGGGACAAGACAAUACGAGCAAAUCUGAGGCACAAGCUAGCGGAGUCUCAAAGCUGGCUGGGACAGAGCGAUCACUGUUGGAUUCUUCGCGUGUGCAUGAAGACAUUACAACCUCUCUGGUAAACAUGGCAGCCCAGCUCAAGCAAGAGCAGAGGAAGCUUCAGUUCUCUCUGGAACAAGACAAGGGCAUUCUAGGACGGGCAAUUGAAGGACUAGAUGUCAGUCUAAGCGGGAUGGAGGCCGCGAGCAAGAACAUGGCAUUUCUGAAACGCAUGAGCGAGGAAGAAGGGUGGUUUGGACGACUGAAGCUGUACGGCAUGAUCUUUGCGAUGUGGGUGGUGGCGUUUCUGCUAGUGUUUGUGUGUCCCAAGUUGAGGUUUGGAUGA